UUUUGAAUGGCAGUCGACCAGUUAGACCAACAUGCUUGCAAUAUGAGCCUUCAGUAGAUUUGCAUGACAGCUUUAGUGUGGUUAGUAAGUCAGCUGAUAAGUAAGCAAAGACUUAUGCCUGUGCGGCUGAUAAUCGAACGUUACUCCUAGCCGGUUAACUGAACCAGAAAGACUGAGUGUGUAAUUAUCUUUACGUUUGCCACAGUUAAUGUAAAAAUUGCGCACUAGUAACUACAUAUAUCACCUACAACACAGCGAAUUAGCUGACGCAGCAGCUGUCAUCCAAGAUAUGACGAGGCAUGAACUGUACCUUAGAGAAGGUCUUGGCAGAUGCCAAAUCAUUAGUGGAAAGGCUUCGUAACCAUGACAACGCUGCUGAGAUGUUAAUUGAACAGACGACAUCCCUUAACAAGAGAGUGGAGGCCAUGAAACAGUACCAGGAGGAGAUUGAUGCACUGAACCAGGUUGCACGACAUCGGCCUCGUUCCAGUCUGGUCCUUGGAAUCCAGCAGGAAAACCGUCAGAUCAGAGAGCUCCAACAGGAAAACAAAGAGCUACGGACCUCAUUGGAGGAACACCAGUCUGCGUUAGAGCUGAUCAUGACCAAAUACAGGGAGCAGGUAUUCAGGCUCCUUAUGGCCAGCAAGAGGGACAACCCUACCAUCAUGACCCAGCUGAAGGAACAGCACACCACGGAAAUGCAAGCACACAUAGACAAGAUCAAUGAAAUGGCCUCUGUGAUGAGGAAGGCAAUAGAGGUGGACGAGGGGCGGAUAUGUGAAGAUGAGGAGAGGAUUAAACAGCUAGAGCUGGAGAACAGUGGACUUCGAGAGCUGCUGGGAAUCAGUCGUGAGGCGUUCCUUGUUCUAAAGAGAGAUGAUGCAUCAGAGAGCACAUCUCUGUCACAGUUGCUGACAAGUGCUGACGUCAGCUUACGAAAAAGUUAGAGCCCAAGUCACUGCCCAACCCCCUCACCUCACCUGCGGCCACUACUGAGUACAGUAUGUAGAGUCUGUCGCCACAUACCACUUCACCUUUCACCGUAAAGACUCUUCCAAUGACCCUCCCCUUUUCCUGGUGCAUUUACAGCAGCAUGAUGCUACUGAGUUGUAUCCCUGUCUGGUGAUUCAAACAAGAGCAGUUUCUUUUGUUUUUUUUGUUUUUUUUGUGGUACUUCUGUUUUGUUUGCAAAUUUUGCCAGCAUGCAUGAACCUUUGGUGCCUGCAAAGUUUUAAAGUGUGAAUGAAUAAAAGAAGGGCUUGAGUUAAAAUAAAUCUGUAAACAUGAAA